AUGGUUUACAGUCGGGGUCUCUGGCUCCGCUGUGGUUUCCAGUCGGGGUCUCUGGCUCCGCUGGGGUUUCCAGUCGGGGUCUCUGUCUCCGCUAUGGUUUACAGUCGGGGUCUCUGGUGCUGCUAUGGUUUCCAGUCGGGGUCUCUGGUGCUGCUAUGGUUUCCAGUCGGGGUCUCUGGCUCCGCUGUGGUUUACAGUCGGGGUCUCUGGCUCCGCUGUGGUUUCCAGUCGGGGUCUCUGGAUCCGCUAUGGUUUACAGUCGGGGUCUCUGGCUCCGCUGAGGUUUCCAGUCGGGGUCUCUGGCUCCGCUAUGGUUUACAGUCGGGGUCUCUGGUGCUGCUAUGGUUUCCAGUCGGGGUCUCUGGUGCUGCUAUGGUUUCCAGUCGGGGUCUCUGGCUCUGCUAUGGUUUUCAGUCGGGGUCUCUGGCUCCGCUGUGGUUUUCAGUCGGGGUCUCUGGCUCCGCUGUGGUUUACAUCGGGGUCUCUGGCUCCGCUGUGGUUUACAGUCGGGGUCUCUGGCUCCGUUAUGGUUUCCAGUCGGGGUCUCUGGCUCCGCUGUGGUUUUCAGUCGGGGUCUCUGGCUCCGCUGUGGUUUUCAGUCAGGGUCUCUGGCUCCGCUGUGGUUUUAAGUCAGGGUCUCUGGCUCCGCUACGGUUUACAGUCGGGGUCUCUGGCUCCGCUACGGUUUACAGGUUUAUGAGUGGGUCUCUUUGUCCUCCUGAAGUCAUGAAGAAACUCAAAACUGAUAUGAAUGUCAAUGAUAUGAUAAUAGGCUAUGGGACCACAGAGAACAGCCCUGUAACAUUCCUUGGUUUCCUGCGAGACAACGAGGAACUGAAGACAGAGACGGUGGGAUGCAUCCUGAACCACACUGAGGCGAAGGUGGUGGAUGUGUCCUCUGGAGAGGUGGUUCCUCUGGGGGACCCAGGAGAGCUGCUGAUCAGAGCUUACUCUGUUAUGUUGGAGUACUGGGAGGACCCAGACAAGACCAGUGAGGCUAUCGCCAAAGACCGCUGGUACAGAACCGGUGACAUAGCCAGUCUGGACAGGUUUGGGUACUGCCGUAUAGUGGGACGUAUAAAGGACAUGAUCAUACGUGGAGGAGAGAACAUCUACCCUGCUGAGAUAGAGAAGUUCCUUCACACCCAUCCCAACGUACAGGAGGCCCAGGUGAUUGGCGUGAGAGAUGAGAGGUUGGGGGAACAGGUGUGUGCCUGUAUCAGACUGAAGGAGGGACUGGACUGUAGCAGAGAGGAGAUCAGAGACUUCUGCAAGGGACAGAUUUCUCACUUCAAGAUCCCCCACUAUGUGGUGUUUGUGGACAGCUAUCCACUGACUGCCUCUGGAAAGAUCCAGAAGAAUAAACUGAGGGAGGAGAUGGAGAAGAAGCUGGCUCUGUGAUGGACAGAGGGACCGAGACAGACUGGGCUAAUAGCAACCCACGUUGAGCACCGUUGAUCUCUCGUUAAACCAUCAAUAAGAUCAUCCGCACAGUGAAUCUGAAUUACAACCACUGACAUUUAGUUGUGGCUGCUGCCAACAUUUUUAUUUUUUUACUAUUUUGUCCUCUGGUGGGUAAUAUCUUCAGAUUAAUCACUUAACUAUUUGACAAUCAUUUUGUUCAAAUGAAAUGAGGCAUUUCCUUGUUUACCACAGAGAAUCUGUGGCAGUUGACCCUCCACAUGUUAUGAAUGGAAAGGUCAGGUUGGUGUACCUACUUGUAUUUCCAAUGUAAUCCAUUAAUGAGUAAUCCAUCCAUUAAUAUAAUCCAUUAACUUGCCUUUAUAAUCAAAAGGGGAACAUACAAUAUCCCUGAACUGUCCACAUCUAACAUUGGUAACUAAAUCAAGCCAAUCAUGAUUUGAGUUAAUAUAAUCUGUUUUCAUUAAGGACUAUGUCUCCUUUUUAAGGGUUGACUUAAUAUAAUCUAUGUAAAAUGGCCGACUAUGUGUCUUCUUUAGAACCACUAAUGUUUUCUGUUCAUUGCUUGUAGUCCUUCACCAACACACUAUUCCACACAGUCUCAGCCAUGUUUAGCUGAAUCAGGUUAAAGAGGCCAGCCGGGAUCUUAAAAACUGCCUGCGUUUUUCAACGUUCCGUUUUGAUCUCACACAUGGAUAAAACACUACCUGUAACGUUCUUCAGGCGGAGAAAGCCACGCUAUCCUGACAUUCACCGCUUGACCUCGGCUUAAUCUGUGUCCAGGAAACUGGCCUUAACUCUUCCACCUCUUCCAGAACUCUAGAACUAUCAUUUGGAGUGCUUGCUUAUCCCAUGGUCUAUGAUGUGUCACGAACCGGCUCGACGUUCCGAACAAAAGGGAGACCGCGUAGAGACAAGGAAUGACAGAAUAUAGUCAACUGAAUACGAUUAACAAUGGUGUGUCAUCAGUAGUGUGAGUGUUUUGCAUUCAAACAUGUGAUACUGCUGGGUGUUGAAAGGUGCCAAAGCAAACAACCCAAAUCUAGAAAGGUGCCUGCAUGGAGUCUCCUCCAUGAAUGGGGAAGUGGUGUAUUUAUCAACAAUGACUAAAUGAUGUAUACAUUUCAAUCAGGACUGACUAAACAGAAUACUAUUGUUACUGUAUGGAUGUAUGAAUCUUAUAAUCUGAGUACUGAAUAUGUGUGUAAUUAUAAUCAAGAAUCAGAACAGAGACUGUGUUUCUUGGUAGAAAUGAAUGAACUUACCGUCAGACUGGCUAGAAUGCGUAUCUUCACAGGGAGACCUUGGCCUGGUCGUAAAUGAUCUAAACCGGUGGUGGACGAUGUGGGAAGGCUUGUGAACUCUACUGCCAUUGUAUCGGAGUGGAGGAAGGACAGUUUACAACCUAUGACGUCACUUUUAGUUUAUAACCUGUUGUAAACUGUACCAUGAUCAGUACUCUCGAGAAUAAAUGCUAUUGAUUGAUUUUGA